AUGUUCUUUUCUCCACGAGAAAUACUGACCCGGCGCAGUUCAGGCCACUCCGGCAGAUUUGGCCAUGAGUUUCUAGAAUUCGACUUUCGCACUAUCGGUGACGGUCGAAGCGCGACAGCCAGAUAUGCCAACAAUUCCAAUUACCGCAACGACUCGCUCAUUCGUAAAGAGAUGUGUGUCAGCGCCCUCCUCAUUUCCGAAAUCAAGCGCAUCAUUAAGGACAGCGAAAUCAUGAAGGAAGAUGACUCCCGAUGGCCGCAGAAGAACAAGGAUGGAAGACAAGAGCUGGAGAUAAGGCUUGGAAGCGACCACAUCCAAUUCGAGACAGCAAAGAUUGGCUCUCUGGGCGAUGUUACGGACUCGGCCGACCCAGAAGGGCUUCGCGUGUUUUACUACCUGGUGCAGGAUCUCAAGGCCUUGGUGUUUUCAUUGAUUUCGCUUCAUUUCAAGAUCAAGCCAAUCUAA